CAACAUGGCGGCGACAUUGACGUACAGACUUUUAUCUCGCUACCGUAUUUUCAGCGGCUGUUGGACGCUGAUUGGUCCUCCACUGGUACCUUUUGAUUGGCUGUUUUGUUGGGUUGACGCUAGUGGAGAGUAACGUGUAAAUAUCAUAAAUUCUGAUUGGUUGUUAGUUUUUUUAAACUAAUCAUUGUCCAAUAGCUGUCUCUGUAACUACUUUGACACAACAACAUGUAAAUUGUAAAAUAGCUGACAUCUUGGUUGAAGGUUUUGUUUUAAUAGUUGAACUUAAGAUAUGACGGGACUGCUUUUGUAAGAGAGUUCAUGACUCUUCAUGCAAUCUCUCUCAGACGUAUUAGUGACGGUACGUUAAUGGCUGCCUCCAAAUUCUAUUGAGAGCCGUGUUUCCUGGCUGGUAGAACUUGUAAGGACACACGAUUAUAAACUGAGCUACCUAUGUAAGGGGGAAAAAAACAUGGACGGAUGGAGCUCUGUCGUUUCGGAAAAUAACCGAGCCAUCUCCGACGGGGAAUGCAUGCUAGGAUACGUAGCCGGGGGUGAGAGCCGGGAAGCGGAGCCGCGGAGCUCCGCAGAAAGGAUGGAGGACUUGGGCGCAGAAGCGGCAGCAGCAUCUGUGGGGUUCGGGAUCAGUGGGACAGGGGAAGGCAAAAUGGUAUUGGGUCGAGUCGGAUCGAGAGACGACAAAGAGCUCAAGUACCUGCACCUUUUGUGGGAGCCGGGGCGAGGUGAGUUCGAGCCGGUCGCCGAAUCGAGCAGGCUGGGGAAGAUAGCGGGGAGCAGGGCCAGGAGGCACCAGAGAGCCGUAAGGAACCUGGGUCCCAUUGGAAAAGACAUUUACGCUGCUAAAAGACUGAGGGAAGCUGCCAACAGCAACGACAUAGACACAGUGCGAAAGCUCCUGCAGGAUGACGUCGACCCGUGUGCUGCAGAUGACAAGGGCCGGACGGCUCUUCACUUCUCGUCCUGCAAUGGCAACGACAGCAUCGUGCAGCUGUUGUUGAGUUAUGGCGCCGACCCCAACCAGAGAGACAGCCUGGGAAAUACCCCUCUGCACCUGGCGGCCUGCACCAACCACGUGCCUGUAAUCACCACCCUGCUGAGAUCAGGAGCUCGCGUGGACGCCCUCGACCGCGCAGGACGGACCCCGCUGCACCUGGCGCGCUCCAAGCUCAACAUUCUGCAGGAAGGAGAAUCGCGCAGCCUGGAGACCCUCCGAGGGGAAGUCACCCAGAUUAUCCAGAUGCUCAGAGAGUACCUGAACCUAAUGGGCCAAAGUGAGGCCAAAGAAAGACUGGAGCACAUUUCAACACAGCUGCAGCACACACGCACCAGAGAGCAGGUGGACGAAGUGACUGAUUUACUGGCCAGUUUCACAUCGCUUAGUCUACAGAAGCAGAACCUGGAUACUAGGUAGAAGAUUGACUGCACACAGAGCCGACAUGCAGCUCCUUUUUAAAUAUGCAGAGCCUCAAAUUGUCUGUAUUAGGCCAGGAGGCCACAGGUCCAAACGCCGCACUGGGAUUGGCUGUCAGUAUUUAUUGAAGGGACUGCUGCGGACAUCAGCUUUUUAUUUUCACCAAGGCAAAAAAGAAAAAAAGUAUUGAUAAGUAUCAGAGAUACACACGUCAGAUUUUUUCCAAAGCUCUGACCUACCAUUACAAUAAGUAUUACUAUCUAGUACUAUAUUUAUUACAAGGUUUGAAUAAAUUAAAAAUAUAUCCGUCCGCGUAAAAUGUUUAUUGUAAAGUAAAGAAACACUCUGAAUACAGCCAAAUUCUUCUGCAUAUGUGAUAACUCACUUUUUUUAAGCACACUUCAAAAUAUAUGUCGAAGUUGCAAUGAAAGAUAUUAUUUUAUCCCCGCAAGGAAUCUGCAUUCGGUAUAAAUAGCAGCUGUUUCCAACGUAGUGUUUGAAUGAGGAAGAAAAACUUUAAUUAAAUGCCAGAUAUGGCAAAUUAUUAAAUUAUUUAUACAUUUACGGCAACUAUGUACAGGACUCUCAAGAAGUCAAUCAUUACGCAGUUCUGUUAGAACCGGACCAACAAUCGCAUUAGGUCUGUGUGUGAGAGAGACGGAGAGAGCAGUGGUGUCACUCAGCUCUGCAGUAAAACAGGAAGCCAUUAUUGUUUAAAAAAUACAAUGUUUUAAGUCGUUUUCACAUCCUACGCCAGUAGUUAGUGCGGUUAGCAUUUCUAACGCGAUCAAUCUCUGUGUAUUUCUUGGAUGAUGCUUGCUGUGAUCUUAAGUAAGAUUUUCUGAAGACAACUAACAUUUCUAAAUUUCAGCGCUAGACUCUUCAAAAGAGUAACUCUGAACCUUCUCUCAAUAACGGCUACUACACCGAAGAGGGUCGAUAGCAUGACCUUUUGGCAUGGUCGGCUAAUUGAUCAGGAAAAAAAAAAGUUUGAUUUUCAGUUUGGUCGUAAUGCUUGGCUGGACUCGUCUUGUCAGUUCUGGUCACCAGUUUUUGGUGCAUCUUUGAGAAAAUGUCGUUCAACUUUUAAACAACGGGCAACAAAACCCCUAAAGUCUGGUGGAACUAUGACUUUACUGUGUGGACUGAUUUACAUGUUUCUUUUUGCCUAACUCAAUAAAUAUACUGUGAUAAUUACAGUACAUAAUGGUUUGACAGUUUAACUGGUGUAACUUUUAUUUUCUUGUCAAAGUGUCUUUGUUUUAUUGCCUUAUUUCUUUUGUUUUUUUUACUGUACAUAAUGACUCUGUGAACUGUGUUGUAAAGAAUAUUUGAAAGUCGGUAUGAACCAAUAAAUCAGUACGUUGGCUAUGA